GUCCUCGAGCGCGCGCUCGCGAUCCAGGAGCGCGAGUUCGGCCGCGACCACGUGAAUGUGGCCGGGACGCUGUCGAACCUCGGGGACGUGUACCGCGUCCUCGGCGACUGCUCCAAGGCGCGCGACGUCCUCGAGCGCGCGCUCGCGAUCUUCGAGCGCGAGUACGGCCGCGACCACGUGAAUGUUGCCUACACGCUGAUAAACCUCGGGGCCGCGUAUGUCUACCUCUUCGACAACGCCAAGUCGCGCGACGUCCUCGAGCGCGCGCUCGCGAUCUUCGAGCGCGAGUACGGCCGCGACCACGCGGAGGUGGCGAUCACGCUGAAGAACCUCGGGAACGUGCACGGCUCCCUCGGUGACAAGGCCAAGAAGCGCGACCUCCUCGAGCGCGCGCUCGCGAUCGAGGAGCGCGAGUACGGCCGCGACCACGCGAAGGUGGCGAUCACGCUGGGGAACCUCGGGGUCGCGUACGGCGCCCUCGGCGACAACACCAAGGCGCGCGACCUCCUCGAGCGCGCGCUCGCGAUCAACGAGCGCGAGUACGGCCGCGACCACGUGAAGGUGGCCAAGACGCUGGAGAACCUCGCGUACGUGGCGAACUCCCGCGGCGACGCGGCGAAGCAGCGCGACUUCCUCGAGCGCGCGCUCGCGAUCUUCGAGCGCGAGUACGGCCGCGACCACGUGAAUGUUGCCUACACGCUGAUGUCGCUCGGGACCGCGCACGGCGACAUCGGGGACGCAGCAAAGCAGCGCGAACUCCUCGAGCGCGCGCUCGCGAUCACAGAGCGCGAGUUUGGCCGCGACCACGCGUAUGCCGCACGGUUCUGCCGAAGCAAGCUCGGGGCCACAGAGUCGCAAAAGGCAAGCUAA